UUCAGUCUUGGCAUGCCGUGCGGUGCUCCCCGACGUGUAAGCAGCGCCAGUUUUCGUUCGCCAUUCAAGUGCUGUGUGUCGUCGCGUAGGGGGCGGUGCGUGCGAGUCAAUUACGGAAUACAAAAUAUCAGCCACGUUGGAUACCAAAUCGAAAGCACAUAUCUACCAUACAGUCGCGCCAUUAGUGAGGCGGCGAGCUCUCGAACUCUUAUCUGCCGGCGAAAGCUCGAAAGCGCUAAACAAAUGAUAAAAUAUUAUUAAAUGCUUAUGUUGAACGAAAAUUAAAAUUACAGUGAGCAAACACAUGCAAAGAUCUUGGAAUUGAAUAAGUGAUUUGAGAAUUAAAUACAACAAAAACGCUUGACAAGUGUUUUGACAAACUUUAUCACACCCACACACAAACAAACAUUUGAAUAGAUAUUGACAUUUGGCUGGCAAAUCAGCUCCGCUUAAAAAGUGUUUAAACAUGCUGCGCAUAAUGUCCAACAAAGUGAUCGCCCGGAGCGAAGAGAGACGCAGUUGUGAUCAAAGGCGCUACAACAAAAACAACAGCGGCAAUAGUUUUGCGAUAGCCGUCUAUGCUAUAGUUGCAAUCCUCGGCAGCGACCUGGUGGCCGGCGUUCGCGGCGAGGAGUGCGGCCAGGAGGAGUUCACGAAAUGUGCUGAGCCUCUGGAUAUGCUACAUUUAACCUCCGAAUUAUCCAUCGGAGCUGCCAAGAAGGACGAACUGCUUAAACUUUGCAAUGAACUGAAGAAGGGUGUUCGUUGCAUCCAGAGUUAUACGCGGCGCUGCAUGCCGCUGCAGCAAAGAAAUCAAUUCAAUAAACUCUACCAUGGCACUAAUCAAUUCAUUCGAGACCUGUGUAACGAGGGCGAGUUUCAGGAUGAAUACUUAAAGCAUGCCCACUGCUCAGAGAUCGCUAAAAAGGAAUUUGAGGGCUGCGCCAACCGUUACAAGGAAACCAUGGUGUUCUUGAAACCCAACAAAAAUCAGGAGAAUCACGAGAACAUCACUUUGAAUGAGAAUAUAAAAACGAUCUGCUGUUCAAUCAAUGAGUUGGUGGAUUGUUCUGAAGAUGCAGCACGUAAGAUAUGCGGUCACGACGCGGCGAAAUUCACACGUGAACUGGUUGAUAAAUAUGCGAACAGCUUAACGAAGAUCUACUGCGAGGACUUCACGCGGCAUCCAGAGAUGUGUCACGAUGGACUCAGCGAUGACGGUGUGUCCCGCUAUCAGUCUCAGCUCGGCCGAGCGGUUGUGUUUAUCAUUUCAGGCGUUGUUGCUGCAUUGGGGGCACAAAUACGGAUUAGAUAGAUGAAGCGUGUGGAGACAUAAAAUUACAAAAAAUACUUUGCUGCAUUGAUUUCUUCUAAGAUAUUAUUUACAACCUCUUAUUUUUUGAGAGCAACGAAUUUUUUAUAUUUUUUUCGGGAGCGGAUUUAUACGGUUAUAAAUACGAAUUUGAAAUUAAGUUAAGAAGCAAAGACAAAGAGGAGUGCAUACAUAAAUCUUAAUCUUUAAAUGGGAUUUAUGAGAGGAAUAUGUUAUAUAUAAAUAUUACAGCUAUGUUUGAAAGAACAUACACAAUUAGUAGAAUCUUAAGGGAGUGUGAGCAGAGAAUGUUAGCGUGAGAAGCGUGUGGGCGAAAUGGGCGGAAUUUAAAAUGAUAUAGUUAAAAUUAAAUUUAGGGGCACAAGGAAGCUCCAAACGUAAGAGAGAGUGUGUUACCAACACUCAAACAAAAUUACACAUUUAGAGUACCAACAAGACCAAAAAUUAUAUACAAUACAUACCUACAUAUACACAAAUCACUUAUACUUAUACUUAUAUACUAGUAUGUUAGAAUUAGUAGAAACAUAUUGAAUUUACUUGUAUUUAUAUGCACUUGUUUAUUAAAACGAUAUGAAAUAAUAAAUUAAAUGAAUUAUGAAUUAAAAAUGGCAACAUUUGGCAUGAAAGUUGUAUGCUAUCCACUAGGAUUAAAUGAUUUAGUAUUUUAGCAUGUGGCAAUAGUUGCAUACAUAUAUAAUCGUAUAUGAACACUUGUUUUACUUUUAGCUUUUCGCUGGCACAAAUAGCAUUUGUGACGUGUUUCAUAGCAUUGAAGAGCAGAAAUUUAUUAAAUUAAUUAAUUUAGUUGUAAGCUAUUAAAUUGCAAGCCAAAAUAAAAGAGUUGCAAUGUUAUAGAACUUAGAUAUAAAAAAUUCAAUCAACUUUAUGGUUUCCUUUUCUACGUUUACUUGUCUCUACAAAUGGAAGAUGAUCCACGUUUUUAUGGAAGUUCGUGCGGUAGGGAAUAAUGGUGUAAUAACUAUACAUGGAUAGUCUCUUGAAAGAAGCAGUGAUUAUGGUAAAAUGAAUAAUUUUUCCAAAUUCCGAAAAUGAAAUGUUUCAUUUGGCAUUGGUUUCAACUAAUUAAUGUAUAUGGGGUCAAGAUAGUGGUAAAUCCGGAAAACUGUCUUUGGCGAGUAUUCUCAGUUUUUUUGUAGGGAUCAGCAGUACGUAGUUUCUUUCAGUAUUAAUUGUAAUAUAAUUAAAGAUUUAUCCCAAUCGGUUGUUGAGUUCGUUUAGAAGACUAGACAAAGCUCGUCGGCAUUGCGUACGACAUAAGCCGUUAUAAUCCUGCAUGAGCUAGGACAGUAUUCAUAGUGGACGUAGCAUUUUCGAAAGAUCUUGGUAACAUACUACAUUGUAAAAUUAAACUAAUCGGAAAGAUUUUUAAAGUAUUUCACAAAUUAAAACAGCUAUCAGACGGAAGAUAAUACCAAAGAAGCUUUGUAUGAAAUAAUUUAUGUUCUAUAAAGAUCUCAUGUGUGAUCUCAUAAGUAGAUUACUAUUGCGGUCGAAAUGUCACAGAGUUGAUUAGUGAAAAAGCGAUAUAGAGAGAGACCAACAUCCUAGAAGGUCAAAAUGACUUUAUGAAUACCACCCUUACGCACAAACUUGGAAACCUUCCAUUUUAAUGUGAUCUACCGUAAAACCUAACCUAACCUAACUUGCAUUUAUCAAACAAUGAAAAUUUUAGCACGAUUUUUUUAGACUAGAGCAAUUAAUAAAUAAAAUUUCAAAAUAUACUUAUGAUUAAGUGAAUUUGGUGGAUUUUAAAUAAUUAAAUAUAUAAUUUAGUGCAAUACAAAAAUAAAAAAAAAUUAAUUCAUAAUUAUAGAAUUUUAUGUACACCUAAGCAUGUAUUUAUAAAUUAACGAAAAAAGUAUUUAUAAAAUUAUAAAAAGACAAGCACUUAUUGACAUUAGUUAUGAUAAUUUUAACUAAUUACCAAAACAAAAACGAAAAGCAUAUGAAAAGUCAGUUAUACAGUUAUACUUGUUGUUGUACACUUCACUUGUUGCUAUUAUGUAAUCAAUGCUUAUAAUUUAUAUUGCCGUUAUUGUAACAUAAUUAGUUCGUUGUUAAGAUCCGUGCCAUUUGUUUCCCAACUAACAACUAGCAACUAACACUUAGUACACUUAAAGCCACAGCGUAUUAGGCAGAAUUUUAUUCAACACACACGACACAGUUCAAUGCGAAUUUUACACACAGCAAGUAGCAAUGCAAAAAUGAAUAAUAAAGAAUACAAAAACAAAAAAAAAAA